GGCAGCGACAGGAGUCUUUCUGGGACAUGGACGAAUGCAGGAACGAAUGUGAGAUCCCUGAGGAGCUCACUGCAGCUGACGUCGUACCGAGGAUUAGACAGAAACUGUUGGAUCUUGGUCUACGUGGUCCUGUUUCGAUCCGGAUUUACGGUGAUUUGACCGGUCUUGACUUUCAGUCCUCGGGGGAUGUUAAGCUCCAUCAUUUUCACGCAGGAGAGAAACGUGAGAAGAUGACGAAAAUAUUGGAGGACAUAGUUUCGUGGUCAGGUGAGAAUCCAGAACCAUCGGUGGGAAUACUAGUCUUGGGACACUUGGGAGCCGCAGAUGAUGCUGACAUCACCGAGGUUAUUGAACUUCUCAAGACCCAGAAAAACUAUCAGUUUAUGCUUGUGACUCCAGAAUCUCCACCACCUCCAACGGUACGGUGAGGUUUCUGAGGGCUAUUCCUCGUGGUGGACUCUAGUUAUUUUGGUUUAAUAAGUUUGAAUAACAUUUUCAAACAAAAAAAAAGGACAAAAGUAAUUUGUAGUUUCUUAAUUUUGUUAUUAGUUAAUGUUGGAUAGUCAAAUCCUUUUUUCUUGGAAACUUUUGCUAUGUAAGAAGCAAAACAUGAUUAUCAAAUGUUUAAUUUACAAUCUCUUCCAUUUAUUUUCUGCUUUUUCUUAACUUCUUAAUUUAAAAAAAAUGUUUAUUCAACAAUUAACUAGUAGGUUUAAUUACUUGGGAGAAGAACGAAUAUAUACAUCAUGUAUUAAAUAUAUGAUUCAUCUAAAGCAAGCUAUCAAUGCAAACAAGCUGGAAUCACCUUAGAUAAUGGGCUUAACAACGUCGUCAUACAGCGAUAUUGGGCUUAUUUAGUAUAUAUUAUAAGAUAGCUAAUCUAUACUAAUGCCUGUAUAUUAAUUAUGGAGCAUUACAACAUAUUUUCAUAGUCACGUGUCAUUACAAGAAUGAUUUUUAGAAUUGUUAGAAAAGUAAGUUGGUCCAUAUAAACAUAUACUAUGUUUUUUUAUUAAACU